AGGUUUCAAUAAUUAAUAGUAUUUACUUUUAUUUUAUAAUCAAGACAGAUUUGUACAAUGAAUUUAAUAAUUUAAUUUUAUGAUAUGAUUAUGUGGAAGAAACUGCAGAACUCUUUAUCAUACUAUAUUUUAUUUACGCAAGAAGACAAUUUUAAUAUUAGUAUUUCAGAUUAUGUGAAAAUAUGGACUAUACAUUUAACAACAGAACAAUUUACUUCUUGCCUGAAGGAUAGCAAUCGCAUAUUAAAAAUUGAAACUAAUGAAUUGAUCACAAAUGGGGUAGACAUGCUUUUACAUCCAGAGAGCUUAAAAACUGCAGAUGUUUCACAAGAUGGUGAGAACUUAAGAAUAUCAUUAUGUAAAUCAUUUGGUUAUCCUUUGAAAUUAACAAUGACACUUAAAUUGGGGUCCCUGGAACUUUUCUUUCAAAAGGUGACAAGACCUUUAUUGAAAACAAUACAAGAUCUUCAUUGCAGUGAAAAAGAGUUACGCCUUUUAUUGCAAAGCAAAGAUAAAGAAAUAGAGGAAUACAAGGCUGAAGCGGGAGACAUUUGUUUAAGGUAUUUAAAGACCAAAACAUACAAUGAUGUGGCACAUAUGGAAAAACAUACAUUAUAUGAAAUAAAUUUUGGUUCUAUAAGUAUACUAGAUAAUUUACUAGAAAAGUCGGUUGAUGUACCUGAAGAAUCAAUCAUGAAACAAGAUACAUAUGUCAAAAUGGAGCCCACGUCACAAGACACACAUAUAGAAGUGAAAACAGAAGUUAUGGAAUUGAAUCAAGAUAAUAUUAAAAUGGAGCCACAUGAAAUAUCAACAGUUAAAAAAAGAAAAAGAAAACUUAAUUUAUAAUUAAUUAAGUGAUGUACCUAAUGAUGAUGUCAAAACUUUAUCUUUGUAAAAUUAAAACUUGUUCCUUGAGGUUAAGACAAAUGAAGUUGGGAAAUAAUUAUAUUUAAUUAAAUUAUUUAUAUAUAUAUUGGUGAAAUUAAUAAAAAAUGUGCAUAUGAAUUUAAAAAAAUUAUUUAAUCUAGAUUUUUUUUCUUAAGAUCUUAUUUAAAUAUAACACGGGAAUAGGGAUGAGGGAAUAAUUAAUUAAACUUAAAGGUAAGUAAUUCAGACUUGAGACUAAGUCCGAAUUAAAUUCUACUAGUUUUGGGGCUAAGAAUGGCUGCAUUUAUCAAAUAAGUAGCUGAUUCUCACCUUAACAUAAAAAGUUAUUAGUCCAAAUGAAUCAAUAAAGCAAAGACGUAAUAAAAAUUUAUUUGA